GUGACCUGUCUUGAAAAACCGGAGCGUUUGAAAAUUGCGGGUGGGGCAACACGGAUGUCAAGAGACUAUACUAUACUGACUUCGCCUUUCCACUCUGGUUUCCGAGAUUAUUACAAAUAUCGACGAACUUAUUUACAGCCGUAAUAGGCUUUGAAAUAGUCUUCACUAACAACUCUUUGGAUGAAAACCGGAACGUAAAAUUAAUGCAUGUGUGAAGCAGCUAGUGAAGAUGUGUCUCCCUGGUAUCUUCAUUGUUACCCUGUUGACCCUCUCAAUUCCUGCUGUCCAUGGUGGGAAGGUCCUGGUGUUUCCUCAAGACGGCAGCCACUGGAUCAACAUGAAGGUCAUUAUUGAAGCGCUGCAUUCAAGAGGUCACAGUGUGUCAGUAGUACGGCCAUCAGACAGUUGGUACAUCAAGGAAACCUCCCCUCACUAUAGUUCAAUCACAAUUGAUAUUCCAGGUGGAGCUGAUGAGCAAUUCUUUAGCUCAUUUGUGUCAAGACAAAUAAAGAUACAGAGAGAGGGAAAGUCUGCUUGGACUCGUUUUAGUUUGGACAUGGAGUUGAAGGACAGAUUUUCUGAAAUGCACCGCAAAGUGUGUGAGAUGGUAAUCCAAAUGUUAGAGAAUGAACCGUUGAUGCAGUCUAUUAGAGAAACCAAGUAUGACUUGGUUCUGACAGACCCAGCCAAUGGGGGAGGUGUUGUGCUGGCGCACUAUUUAAAUGUGCCCCUUGUUUUCAAUGUUAGAUGGACUAUACAUGGUGAGGCUCAUUUUGCUAUUGCUCCCUCUCCACUAUCGUAUGUUCCAUUUCCUGUUGCAGAGUUAACAGACAAUAUGAGUUUUUUUCAGAGGGUCCGUAACUUCCUAGUUUAUGUCAUCAGGCAGCAUCUGUACAAACAGACAGUGGGGCCUCAUUAUUCCGCUUUGGUUAGUCGUUACUUUGGUCCUGAGGUCGACUACUUCUCAUUAUUUCAAGCUGCUGAUUUAUGGCUCAUGAGAGUUGACUUUGUGUUUGAGUUCCCUCGUCCCACCAUGCCUAAUGUUAUCUAUAUGGGAGGGUUCCAAUGUAAACCUGCCAAGCCUCUUCCCCAAGAACUGGAGGAGUUUGCUCAGAGUUCUGGAGAGCAUGGAGUCAUUAUCAUGUCUUUGGGAACCUUAGUUGCACAGCUUCCUCGUGAUUUAACUGAUGAAUUGGCUGCUGCUUUUGCCCACCUACCUCAGAAGGUAAUCUGGAGGUACAAAGGAGACAGGCCAGCUACUCUGGGCAACAACACCUUACUAGUUGACUGGAUGCCUCAGAAUGAUCUUCUAGGACACUCUAAGACAAGGCUGUUUGUAGCUCAUGGAGGAACAAAUGGGAUUUUCGAGGCUAUCUACCACAGUGUUCCAAUAGUAGGCCUUCCUCUGGUGUUCGACCAACCUGACAAUCUUUCUAGAAUGAAAGUGAAGGGUGUAGCAAAGGUUGUGGAUUUAGCAACUCUAGAUAGAAACAUUUUCACCCGAGCCUUACAGGAAGUUCUGAAUGAGCCGUCCUACAGGAUGAACAUGCAGAGACUCUCCAGGCUACACCGGGACGUGCCAAUGGGACCCCUGGACACUGCCCUCUUCUGGAUUGAGUUUGUCAUGAGACACAAAGGUGCUGCUCACCUGCGUACAGAGUCCUACAGAAUGCCCUGGUACUCCUACCACUCUGUAGAUGUAAUGGUGUUUUUAGUGACUGUUGUGUUUUUUACUCUGCUGGCUUUCAUUGGCAUUAUCAGAUGUUUCUGUUGCAGGGCAUGUUUGAAAAUAAAAAUGAAAGAGGAAUGAUUAUGGAUUUCAUCUGUAGAGAGAGUGGUACAUACAGUAUAUGUACAAAGUGUGGUACAUACCAUAUCUAUACAGAGUAUGGUACAUACUAUCUGUACAGAGUGUGGUACAUACUUGUUUUCUCACAAAUGUUACUUUUUGUUCACUUGACAAAUACAGUUGAAAUCGGAAGUUUACAUACACCUAAGUCAAGUACAUUUAAACUCAGUUGUUCACAAUUCCUGACAUUUAAUCCUGGUAAAUAUUCCCUGUCUUAGGUCAGUUAGGAUCACUACUUUAUUUAAAGAAUUUGAAAUGACAGAAUAAUAGUAGAGAAUUGUUAAUUUCAGCUUUUACUUCUUUCAUCACAUUCCCAGUCGGUCAGAAGUUUACAUGUAUUUGGUAGCAUUGCCUUUAAAUUGUGUAACUUGGGUCAAACGUUUCAGGUAGCCUUCCACAAGCCCAUUCCUCCUGACAGAGCUGGUGUAACUGAGUCAGGUUUGUAGGCCUCCUUGCUUGCACAUGCUUUUUCAGUUCUGCCCACAAAUCUUCUAUAGGAUUGAGGUCAGGGCUUUGUGAUGGCCACUCCAAUACCUUGACUUUGUUGUUGCCACAACUUUGGAAGUAUGCUUGGGGUCAUUGUCCAUUUGGAAGACUCAUUUGUGACCAAGCUUUAACUUCCUGACUGAUGUCUUGAGAUGUUGCUUCAAUAUAUCCACAUAAUUUUGCUUCCUCAUGAUGCCAUCUAUGUUGUGAAAUGCAUCAGUCCUUCCUGCAGCAAAGCACUCCCACAACAUGAUGCUGCCAACCCCGUCAGUUGGGAUGGUUUUCUUCGGCUUGCAAGCAUCCCCCUUUUUCCUCCAAACAUAACAAUGGUCAUUAUGGCCAAACAGUUCUAUUUUUGUAUGAUCUUUGUCCUCAUGUGCAGUUGCAAACCGUAGUCUGGCUUUUUUUAUGGCAGUUUUGGAGCAGUGGCAUCUUCCUUGCUGAGCGGCCUUUCAGGUUAUGUCGAUAUAGGACUCGCUUUACUGUGGAUAUAGAUACUUCUGUACCUGUUUCCUCCAGCAUGUUAACAAGGUCCUUUGCUGUUGUUCUGGGAUUGAUUUGCACUUUUUGCACCAAAGCACGUUCAUCUCUAGGAGACAGAAUGCGUCUCCUUCCUGAGAGGUAUGACGGUUGCGUGGUCCCAUGGUGUUUAUACUUGCGUACUAUUGUUUGUAUAGAUGAACAUGGUACCUUCAGGUGUUUGGAAAUUGCUCCCAAAGAUGAACCAGUCUUGUGGAGGUCUACCAUUUUUAUUCUGAGGUGUUGACUGAUUUCUUUUGAUUUUCCUAUGAUGUCAAGCAAAGAGGCACGGAGUUUGAAGGUAGGCCUUGAAAAACAUCCACAGGUACUCCUCCAAUUGACUCAAAUGAUGUCAAUUAGCCUAUCAGAAGCUUCUAAAGCCAUGACAUCAUUUUCUGGAAUUUUCCAAGCUUUUUAAACGCACAGUCAACUUAGUGUAUGUAAACGUCUGACCCACUGGAAUUGUGAUACAGUAAAUUAUAAGUGAAAUAAUCUGUCUGUAAACAAUUGCUAGAAAAAUUACUUGUGUCAUGCACAAAGUAGAUGUCCUAACCGACUUGCCAAAACUAUAGUUUGAUAAGACAUUUGUGGAGUGGUUGAAAAACGAGUUUUAAUGACUCCAACCUAAGUGUAUGUAAACUUCCGAUUUCAACUGUAUAUGUGACAUUUAUGUAGAUAUACAGUGUUAUUGACAGAUGUUUUAUCUAUUUGCUUUUUGAAGAUUUUGCUAAGUAAACAACUGCACCUUAACUGUUCAGCCCAUUUAAGGAAAGUCCAAAUGUGCUUUUUAAAAUGUAUGCUGUUAUACUUGUGUGUAGCUGCUUUCUUUGUGUGUAAUCGUUAAACUGAUGUAGAUGUUUAUUCUCCAGAAGCCCGGUAAGGAGCUCUAACUUUUAAUAAAGUUAUGCAUCUUAGAUGUUUUUUUCAAAAACA